AUGAUUGUUGCAGCAGAAGCAGCAGCCGCUGCAGCUGUGGCUGAAGUGCGUCUUCUAGAGGAGCGGGUGGCUGAGGCCAACAAGGCAGCUGCGCAGCUCCGGGAGGCUCAGACAGCAGUGGCGCUGCUGCAGGCAGAGCUCGUGAGGCUGAAACGACCCACAUACAACACAGCGGGAAGCAUUACUGCUGACACAUCCCCUACUCGGAGCAGCAGCAGCCGCUGCUCCGCACAGCUAGAAGCUGCUGCCGCUUUGCUGCAUGUGCCUGCUGUUCCUGCUUCUGCUGCUGGAGAGUCUCCCCCAUUGGCUGUUUCAAAGGCCGCCAACGCUACAGACGAUGCCGCUGCUGAAGAUUUCGCAUUGCCAGCCGGUGCAGCCACAGCUGAUACAGCAGAUAGAGCAGCACGGGAAACACCUUUCACCUGCAUGGGUCUUGAAUUGCCUGGUGAAGACCGAGAUGGUGUGUACGCGCAGCAGCUGUUGUUGCUGCAGCAGAAACUGCACGCGGAUGCUACAGCUCUGAGCACUCUGAGGAUGCAACUCAGCAGCGCUUUCAAGGCUGUUCACGCGCUUGAGGAUCAGCGUGCUGCGCUGCGCCGUGAGCUGCGUCGGUCAAAGGAAGAAGCAGCAGCAGCAGCUGCUGCUGCUGUUGCUGCUGCCACUGAAACAGCAGCAAGCGCUCGUCUUGCAGAGGAAAACUACUCGCAACAGCUACGACUACUCUCCCUUCAUGUGGCUGAAACACAUGAAAAAAAUAAAGAUACGCAACGACAGCUCGAGGAACUUCUGAAGCAUAAAAUACUCUGUGGACGAUGCGGAGUUUGGAAUCCCCUCAGUGACCUGCUGGAGGAAGGCCAGUAUUGGGGGGCUUGUGUGAUGUGUAGGGGGAGAGUGACGGAGCGACCCUUUUAA